AUGCGGACGGUGACAUCGAUGUCCUUCAAGAGCAAUAAGACCAGGCUGUGCGAGGACGAUGUUUAUGAUGGAAGAGAUUAUUGGUUUAUGGCUGCCCAGAGCAAUAAUAUCAGCUCUGGAACAUCUGGCAUGCCCUUAAAGCAGCGCGCUAAUACCAUCCGCCCGCAGGUGGAUGAAGAAGAAGACAUCAGCGCCCAAUUGGCCGAUCCCGAUCCCGAAUCUAACUGGGCAUUGGAGAAGAUCGCCACCAACAAACUGCUCCAAUGGCUGGGCAACUUCAUCCACCGGAGAUGCUUUCGGCUCAUAUUUUUAACACCCGAGGAGCCGGUCGCCUGGAUACGGAGCGUGGAGAGGGAGCUCAUCGCGGAUAAAUGGCAGACAGACCGAUUCUUAAUACCAUCGAAUAUCAUUUUUCUAUACAUGAUCUGCCGAGACGUAAUCUCCUCCAGAGUCACCACCAAGCAGGAGCUACGGGAGAUCCUCAUGAUUUGUCUUUACGUCACCUAUUCGUACGCCGGUCCGGAGAUCUCGUAUCCCGCCAAGUACUUCCGUAGAGGCGCGCGGAACGAAGACUUCUGGGACAAAUGCCUUUCCGUGAUUGGAUCACUAAGUGGCGAAAUGGUCCGAAUUAACAACGAUCCGAUCUUUUACGCCAAGACUUUUGCGAGCCUGAAGGCCAAAGGUGGCCGUUGAUGCCGGGAAAUCAGAGCCCAACCAAUGAAGAACAUCUUGUGGCAUCGCUUCUUGAUUCAUA